UGCCCCAUCAUUGGUGUCAGUGGGAAGAAUCGUGCCCCAUCAUUAGUGUCAGUUGGAGGAAUAGUGCCCCAUCGUUGGUGUCAGUGGGAAGAAUCGUGCCCCAUCAUUGGUGUCAGUGGGAGGAAUAGUGCCCCAUCAUUGGUGUCAGUGGGAGGAAUAGUGCACCAUCAUUGGUGUCAGUGGGAAGAAUAGUGUCCCAUCAUUGGUGUCAGUGGGAGGAAUAGUGUCCCAUCAGUGGUGUCAGUGGGAAGAAUAGUGCCCCAUCUUUGGUGUCAGUGGGAGGAAUAGUACAUCAUUGGUGUCAGUGGGGGAAUAGUGCCCCAUCAUUGGUGUCAGUGGGGGGGAUAGUGUCCCAACAUUGGUGUCAGUGGGAGGAAUAG